AAUAAUUGAAAAAAAGACAUCAUUUCAAUCUCAACUACUUCCAAAAUGAUUAAAAAACUUUUUUUAAUUCUUGUUCUUGCAAUUGUUGCCUUCAUUGCUUUCACUUCCGCUACACCAACUAAUUUUAAAAGAGAAUCAAAUAUUUCUCAAGUAACAAAAACCGGAACUUUAGUGUCUAGACGGCUUCAAUGUCCAAACAAUUUUAAAGCAUGUCCUGAUAUGUCCGGAUGCUGCCCUACAGGCACGAAAUGCUUACGUAAUAACAAAUGCAACGUUCCAUGCCCUUCCAACGCCAAAAUUUGCAGUAACGGUGCUUGCUGCAUUAAAGGCUCCACUUGUUCUUCAGACGGCAGAUGUGUGAUCCGCUAGAACGAUUUUAUUUUUAUUAUUCCUU